GACACCUUUGUUUUCUGAUCGAUCAUCGCAAACAGACUUCACACGUGACGUCAUCGAUAGUCGAUUCAGUCUUGUUAUCGAUUAUUUGUCCAGCGAGCGUCGCAAGAAGCCAGAUGGGACUUUAAUUUUGGAAAUGUUCUUGUCUUCUUGGACAGUUACGGUACCGGUUUGGUCCGACAGCACUCGCUGUGGACCACCACCAGCUGAUGGAACCGCCGCGGGAUUCGAGCAGUGACUACUGGCGACAGAUGGAGGAACGAGUCUUCGAACCCAAAAUGGUUCUGGUCUUCAGCGGGAAACGGAAGUCCGGAAAAGAUUAUGUGACGGACCUGAUAAAGGGGCGGUUGGGCUCGGACACGUGCUGCGUCCUGCGUCUGUCCGGACCUCUCAAACAACAGUAUGCUGAGGAGCACGGACUGGACCUGGACCAGCUGCUGGGCCCUGGUCCUUAUAAGGAGCGGUUCCGGGCCGAUAUGAUUGGCUGGGGAGAAACUCGACGACGCCAUGACCCUGGAUUCUUCUGUCGCCUAGCAACCAGAGGAGCAUGGCAGCCAGUCUGGGUGGUGAGUGAUGCGCGGCGCCUGUCAGACCUUCAGUGGUUCCUGUCAGAGUUUCCUCAACAAACUCGAAGUGUCAGAGUUCAAAGUUCAGAGGAAACCAGGAAGAAGAGGGGGUGGAGCUUCACUGCAGAUGUUGAUGACGCAGAGUCAGAGUGUGGGUUGGACAGUGGCAUUGAAUUUGAUUGGAUAAUCAGCAAUGAGGCCGACGCCCCCUCAUUAGAUGAGCAGCUGCAGCCAAUCCUGAGGCUGGCUGAGGAAGCAGCUUCAUCACUGCACCUGACCAGACCCCAGCAGGUGUCCUGAGAGGAGCGCGGUCACAUGACCCUUCAUGAUGUGAACCUGCUCCGGGCGUAGUUUGAUGUAAAAACUUUCAGUCAGCUGGUUCUCACACACACACACACACACACACACACAAAGCCAUAAGUGUGUGAAUGUGAGGCAUCGAACCACCAACUAAAUGUCAUAAAAUAAAACGUUUUCAAAGGAAAAGUAUUUUCAUUUUAUGUUUUAAUGCAGAAAUUAAAUGUAAGUGCAACUUUUCCUGUGGUUUAUUAAACUGAUGCUGAACAUGACCUUUAUUACUAUCAUGAAAUAUAAAUGAUGAGUUAGAUUAUUAUAAUGAUGUAAAGCUUUAACAUUUAAACUAAAAAUAAAACACAGUCUCAGUUUGGAUCUAAA